AUGGGCCCAGGGCUGGCAGCUUCCCAUGUGUCCUUUCCAGACAGUCUGCUCACUAAGAUGAGGGAUCUUCUUCAGUAUGUUGCCUGCUUCUUUGCAUUUUUCUCCGCUGGGUUCUUGGUUGUGGCCACCUGGACAGACUGUUGGAUGGUGAAUGCAGAUGACUCCUUGGAGGUGAGCACCAAAUGCCGAGGUCUCUGGUGGGAGUGUGUCACAAAUGCUUUUGAUGGAAUUCGCACCUGUGAUGAGUAUGAUUCUAUACUUGCUGAGCACUCCUUGAAGCUGGUGGUAACUCGGGCGCUGAUGAUUACUGCAGAUAUUCUAGCUGCGUUUGGAUUUAUUACCCUGCUCCUUGGACUUGACUGCGUGAAAUUCCUCCCUGAUGAGCCAUACAUCAAAGUCCGCAUCUGCUUUGUUGCUGGAACCACAUUACUAAUAGCAGGUGCCCCAGGAAUAAUUGGCUCUGUUUGGUAUGCCGUUGAUGUUUAUGUAGAACGUUCUUCUCUGGUUUUGCACAAUAUAUUUCUUGGCAACCAAUAUAAAUUUGGUUGGUCCUGUUGGCUUGGAAUGGCUGGUUCUUUGGGUUGUUUUUUGGCUGGUGCUAUCCUCACAUGCUGUUUAUAUCUCUUCAAAGAUGUUGGACCUGAGAGGAACUAUCUUUAUUCCACGAGGAAAGCCUAUUCAACCACAGCUGUUUCCAUGCCCUGGUCACAUGCGACCCCUCGAACACAGACUGCCAAAAUGUAUGCUCUCGACACUAGGGUGUGA